AUGGCUGCUGGGGAGACACAGCUCUACGCCAAGGUCUCCAACAAGCUCAAGGGCCGUAACACCUCCUCGCUCCUGGACCCCCUCCUAGCCAUGGGCUUCCCCACACAUACCGCGCUCAAAGCGCUCGCAGCCACAGGGAGGAAAACAGCGGAGGAGGCUACAGACUGGCUGCAUGGCCACUGCAGUGACCCUUCUCUGGAUGACCCCAUCCCCCAGGAGUACGCCCUCUUCCUCUGCCCCACGGGGCCCUUGCUGGAAAAACUCCAAGAGUUCUGGAGGGAGAGCAAGCGCCAGUGUGCGAAGAACAGAGCUCAUGAGGUCUUCCCUCACGUGACACUCUGUGACUUUUUCACGUGUGAAGACCAUAAGGUGGAGUGUUUGUAUGAGGCUCUGAGGCGUGCAGGGGACAGGAUCCUGAGCUCCUUUCCUACCCUGGUUCCUCUUGUUCUCCAUUCUUCUAUCAGCUACCUCGGCUUCUUCAUCAACGACAGCCCUGCUGAUGUCAUCAGAGAAUUCGCCAUGGCGUUUGCCACGGAGGCAUCAGUCUUGGCAGACUGCACCGUCAAGCCCUGCACCAAGCAGCUGCACCUGACCUUGGCCCAUAAGUUCUACCCUCACCACCAAAGGACCCUGGAGCAGCUGGCCAGAGCCAUCCAGCCCAGCCACACCUGCCAGUGGACAGCUGCCCUGUACUCCCGAGACAUGCGUUUUGUGCACUACCAGACCCUGAAGGCGCUGUUCCAGUACAAACCCCAGAACGAAGACGAGCUGAUGCUCAGGCCUGGUGACUACAUCUUCGUGGAUCCCACUCAGCAGGAGGAAGCCAGUGAGGGCUGGGCCCUCGGGAUCUCACAUCGGACUGGCUGCCGAGGCUUCUUGCCAGAGAACUACACAGAGCGAGCCAAUGAGGCUGACACCUGGGUUAAGCACAGGACAUAUACAUUUAGUCUAGCCAUGGACCUGAACUCUAGGAAGGAUGGUGAAGCCAGCAGCAGGAGAAAUGGAGAAUUCCACACCCCGUCAAUGUCAAGGAGCAUUAGCAGCAUACAGGCUUUGCAGGCUACCAUCGUGAGGAGAGGCGUGCUGGUAGUACGCCACGGGGAGAGAGUGGACCAGGUCUUUGGGAAGUCUUGGCUACAGCAGUGCACUACCACUGAUGGAAAAUACUACAGGCCAGACCUGAACUUCCCCCGCAGCCUGCCCAGGAGGAGCAAUGGUAUCAAAGACUUUGAAAAUGAUCCGCCCUUAUCAUCCUGUGGAAUUUUCCAGGCCAGACUUGCUGGAGAGGCUCUGCUGGACAGCGGCAUUCGAGUCACAGCAGUCUUUGUGUCUCCAGCCCUGCGCUGUGUGCAGACAGCCAAGCACAUCCUGGAAGAACUCAAACUGGAGAAGAGGCUGAAGAUAAGGGUUGAGCCUGGAAUCUUCGAAUGGAUGAAGUGGGAAGCCAGCAAGGCCACCCCGACCUUCCUGAGCUUGGAGGAGCUGACAGAGGCACACUUCAAUGUUGACCCUGAUUACAGGCCUGCGUUCCCCCGCUGCUCCCUCAUGCCAGCCGAGAGCUAUGACCAGUACGUGGAAAGGUGCGCCGUGAGCAUGGGGCAGAUCAUCAACACAUGCCCACAGGACAUAGGCAUCACCCUCAUCGUGAGCCACAGCUCAGCACUUGACUCCUGCACUAGGCCACUCCUCGGGCUCCCACCCAGGGAAUGUGGAGAUUUUGCCCAGCUGGUAAGAAAGAUCCCAUGUCUGGGAAUGUGCUUCUGUGAAGAAAAUAAAGAGGAAGGGAAGUGGGAGCUGGUGAACCCCCCAGUGAAGACGCUGACACAUGGUGCCAAUUCGGCUUUUAACUGGAAGAACUGGAUCUCGAGCAACUGAGCCAACCCAAGCUUGUCGACAAGGCAUGAGGGGCUGUGAUUAGGAUUACAAAGGCAUCCUAUCCCCUCGUCUGCCAUGACUUGGAGAAGCACUAAGUACACUUGAUAUUCAGGGGUACC